AUGAAUCAGCUACAUGUUUUCUUCUUCCCUUAUUUGGCUCAUGGCCAUAUGAUUCCAACCCUAGAAAUGGCCAAGCUUUUCGCUUCUCGGGGUGUGCAGGCAACUAUGAUUGUCACUCCUGGAUUCGUAGAACCAGUAGAAAAUGCCAGGAAAUCAGGGUUCAAUAUUGGGAUUCAUGUGAUAAAAUUUCCGCCGGAAGAAUCCGGAUUGCCUGAUGGGAUCACGAGUGCUGAUCAAAUAAAAUCUGAUGAUAUGUUUCCCAAGUUCGUAAAAUCCAUGGAAUUGCUUCAAGAACCUGUUGAAAAACUCCUGGAAGAAUUCCGUCCAGAUUGUCUUGUUGCAGACAUGUUCUUUCCCUGGGCUACUGAUACCGCAGCGAAAUUUGAUAUCCCAAGAUUGCUCUUCCAUGGAACAAGCUUUCUGGCUUUGUGUACUUCACAACAUAUGAGGAUCUACAAGCCCUACAAGAAUGUAUCCUCUGAUUCGGAGGAGUUCGUGUUGCCCAAUCUUCCACAUCAGCUGAAGUUUACAAGAACACAGGUGCCUGAUUUUGCUCGAGAAGAAAUUGUAAAUGAAAUAACAAAGUUGUUGACCAAAGUAUAUGAAUCAGAGACCAGAAGCUAUGGAGUUCUUUUUAACAGCUUCUACGAGCUGGAACCUGAUUAUGCCGAUCAUUACAGGAAAGUUUUGAGAAGAAAUGCAUGGCAUAUAGGCCCACUUUUGCUAUGCAAUAAGGAAGGAGAAGAUUUUAAAGCACAGAGAGGAAAAGAAUCCGCCAUUGAUGAACACGAAUGCUUGGAAUGGCUUAAUUCCAAGGAACCAAAUUCUGUAGUUUACAUCUGUUUUGGAAGUAUCGCAACCUUUACUGCUAAACAAUUAUAUGAAAUUGCAAAGGGUCUUGAAAUCUCUGGGCAGAAAUUCAUUUGGGUAGUUAGAGAAGGCAAGAACCAAGAUGAAAACGAAAACUGGCUGCCAGAAGGAUUUGAGGAAAGAACAAAAGAUAAAGGACUGAUCAUUAGAGGGUGGGCACCCCAACUUUUGAUUCUUGAAAACAAAGCAAUAGGGGGUUUUGUAACCCAUUGUGGAUGGAAUUCGACGCUUGAAGGGGUGUGUUCAGGGGUGCCUAUGGUGACAUGGCCAGUCUUUGCAGAGCAGUUUUACAAUGAGAAAUUGGUGACAGAAGUUUUGAGAAUUGGAGUUUCUGUUGGAAGUAAGCAAUGGAAGAGAGUGGCUAGUGAAGGCGUAGAAAGGGAAGCCAUAGCGUUGGGGAUUCGGAAAAUCAUGGAAGGAGAAGAAGGUGCAGAAAUGAGAAGACGAGCUCAAGAAUGUAAAGAGCAGGCAAGAAAAGCUGUUGAAGAAGACGGAUCUUCUUACACUGAUUUGAGUGCUUUGCUUCAAGAAUUGAAUACAUAUCGUCUUGGUGUCAACACCUUGAAGUUUAACAAUUGUUCUAUCUAA